AUGGGUAUCCAUCCAAUUAAUGAUCUAUCACAGGUGGUAUGGUUGUUGAAUGGUAAGCCGAUUGUGCUCUCAUCUCGCGUCACGACCAUCAACGAGAAAGGGCUCGCCAUCCUUGAAAUUAACCCCGUUACGGUAUUCGAUCAGGGAGAGUACACAGUGGUUUUGGUCAAUCCAUUGGGAGAAGCUCGCAGCUCAGUGGUUCUGAAUGUGAUGGAUCUCCCUAACUUCCAUUCUGAUUUGCGAUCUCACGAGCUGUUCGAAGGACAGCCGAUUCACCUCGAGGCCAAGCUCACACCGCUCAAUGAUCCGAAUCUCGUUGUUGUCUGGUACCUGAACGGGCGAGAACUAAUGAAAAAUGACAGAUGCCGUCAAACCCUGAAUCACGGCUUUGCCACUCUGGACAUCCUGAACUCAACCAAAGAUGACAGCGGCGUGUUCACCUGCCGAGCUAUCAACAAACUCGGUGAAUCCGAGAAUCAGGCUACCGUCAUUGUACAUCCUCGUGUCGAUCUCCACAAAUAUGAACACAAUCGUGAUCUUGACGUUGACGACGUGCGUGAAAUUCAGUAUAGCCACGCGAAACAGGACUUGGUUCCCAAAUUCCUUACACAGCUACAACCUUUCCACUGCGACCAAGAGCUGGGCCGAUCGUUCUUUGAGGCUCGUAUUAGCCCUGUAAACGAUCCUUCUCUGAGAGUCAGCUGGCUCAAGGACGGUCACGCACUGCCGAAUGCCAACAGAAUUCAG